AUGAAGCUCCUCGCGAGUGCUGCGCUGCUGCUUGCAGCUGGCGUUUCCGCCAUCAAGAACCCGGUUCUCCCAGGAUGGAACCCCGACCCGGCCAUCCUCCGCGUCGACGACACCUACUACAUGGCCGUCUCCUCCUUCACCUACUACCCCGGCGUCCCCAUCUACAAGUCCAAGGACCUGGCCAACUGGGAGCUCGUCUCCCACGCCCUCAAGACCCCCGACGUCCUCCCACUCUACGGCAUCUCCGCCGGCGAGGGCGUCUGGGCCCCGUCCUUCUCCUACCACGACGGCCUCUUCUACAUCACCUCCAUGACCCGCUGGGGAUCCGAUCCGGACUCCCGCACCUGGCCGCGCAUCUGGUACGUCUCCUCCCCGGACCUCAUCACCUGGUCCGACCUCAUCUGGGCCGAGCCCUACGGCAUCGACCCGGACAUCUUCCACGACCCCGUCUCCGGCAAGGACUACCUCAACCUCAUGGGCCCCAACAACAACUACGACCGCCUCUGGGGCAUCACCCAGUGCGAGAUCGACCUCAAGACGGGCAGGUGCGUCGGCCCCUAUCGCAACAUCUGGAACGGCACGCUGCCCCAGCUCCCCAGCGCCAGGCCCGAGGGCCCCAAGAUGUUCAGGCGCGGCGACUGGUAUUACCUAGUCCUUGCCGAGGGCGGCACGAGCACCGGACACCGCGCGACCGUCGGCCGCUCAAAGUCUCCCGAGGGUCCCUGGGAGUCGUCGCCGACGAACCCCCUCAUCUACAACGGCGCCGACCAGAAGCUGACGGUCCAGUCCACCGGCCACGCGACCUUCACCGACACAGUCGACGGCGAGUGGUACGCGUCACUCCUGGCGCGGCGCAACGUCAAGGGCGCGUCGCCGCUCGGCCGCGAGGCCUUCCUGGUCAAGGUCGACUGGGAGGACGACUGGCCAACCAUGAACGGCGGGGAGCCGCUGCUGCUCAGCCAGAGCGUCGAGGGGCCCGACCAGGAGCUGCCGAAGCCGAAGUGGGUGGACGAGUUCGACGGCCCCGAGCUGGGCCUGGGUUGGUACCAGACGCGGACGCAGUACACGGAGAACUUUCGUCUCAAGGCGGCCGGCGGGCUCGGGAAGCGGGCGUACGCCAACGCGUCGUCGGGGAUCGUCUUCCACCCCAACGUCUUCACGCUCGGGGACCGCGACACGGCCGCCGCCGUGCUCCACAAGCAGACGUCGUUGAACAUGACCUUCUCAGCUAAGUUGUUGUCGACAUCGGCGGGGCUGGGCCCGAGACAGUCGGUGGGCAUCUCGUCGUAUCUCAGCGAGGUCAACCACCAAGACAUUGGAGUGAGGGGUUGCUGGAGCUCGGCCGGCCUGUGUGUGUUUGUCGACUUGCUCCCGACGUCGACCGGACCGUCCACAAGACCAAACUCAACCGAGUACCCGUUGAACCUGUCCAAGAUUCCCGCGGAUCUGACGCUUCACAUCCGCGCCACGCCGCUCAAGUACUCGCUCGGAUACUCGCACGGCAACGCGACGUCCCCUACGUGGCUGAAAGAGUUCAACUCCAAGCAGAUGGGCUCCAACCCCGGGUACCCCAACUUUGAAGGGUCCAUGUUUGCUCUCUUCGCCAGCGGUAACGGAGAGCCGUGGCCAUACGACGCCCCCGAGGUGGGAUUCCAGAGGGUCGAGGAGGUGUACUACGAGGAGAACCUCCCGGAUUACGACAACUGGAGUUGA